AUGUCCCUGGAAGCCUCAGAGCAGUCUCUUGCGUCGAGCGGCACGGAUACCUCCUUGGCUGACUCCAUCCAUCGGCUCAGACGACGCGCCAAAGCUCAAGCGACGCCUCAUAACAUCUUGUUGUUUCUGGUCGCGUUUCGCAUACUGAAUGCGCUUACUGUGCGCACUUUUUUUCAACCCGACGAAUUCUUUCAGUCUUUAGAGCCGGCCUGGCAAGUUGUGUUCGGGAGUGAUAGCGGUGCCUGGAUCACAUGGGAAUGGAGACAUGAGCUACGAUCCUCAAUUCAUCCCCUGUUUUUUGCCGCCGUAUAUUACGUUGCCGGCUCCUUCGCAUGGGUUGCACGACUGUCCCCCCUAAAUGCAGCCGAAUUGCUCAUCGUAGCACCCAAGAUUGCCCAAGCUAUUAUUGCCGCGACCGGAGACUACUACACAUGGAAAUUAUCCAACAAGAUUUAUGGAACUGAGAGCUAUGGCGCAUGGGCUACGCUGGCAUUGAGUGUCCUGAGCCCUUGGCAAUGGUUUUGCUCAACACGAACGUUUUCGAAUUCCGCAGAAACGACAUUGACCAUAGUCGCCCUAUACUUAUGGCCGUGGGAGUGGUUUCUCGAUAACCAGGAGGUGGACGCAGAAGAGGAGGAAGAAAGGGAAGAACAGGAUGAACCGGAUGAGACUCUUGAAAGCGCGAGUCGACAGUCAAGGUACAGAUGGCCUGGGCUCGAUGGAGACAUAUUUACCAUCAUGUUUCUAACGGUAGCGCUAUCCAGCCUCCGAAAAUGUCUCUUAUUCGCAGCGCUGGCUUGCGUUCUGCGCCCCACGAACAUCAUCAUAUGGGCAUGCAUGGCCGGGUUUGCCGCAUAUCAAUGCCCACGAUCGACCGUCUUUAUACUUGUGAGGGAAUCGGUCUUUUGCGGAUCCGCUGUCCUCGCUUUCUCGGUUCUGAUCGAUCGCCUCUUUUACGGCGUCUGGGCAUUUCCCAUCUUCCAAUUCCUCUACGUCAACGUUGCUCAGUCCAUUGCCAUCUUCUACGGCCACAAUGACUGGCAUUAUUAUCUUUCACAAGGGUACCCACUCCUUCUAACCACGGCUCUUCCUUUUGGUCUCGUUGGACUCUACAAGUCCUUGCGUCCCGGUGUCGCAACGACGGUGAGCCGCCGAGGCUCAAUCAAAUAUCAACUAGCUACAGUAUCACUUGUCAUGCCGGCCGUGCUCUCCAUCAUUGCGCACAAGGAAGUCAGAUUCAUUUAUCCCUUGUUGCCGGCUCUACAUAUUAUAACGGCCGAGCCGCUUGUUUCGUUCUUCCUUCCAGCUAUUUCAUCUUCAACCAAUGCUCAAUUGCCCCGAAGAUUGACGUUGCUAUUCCUGGUACUAGUGAACAUUUUCAUCGCAUAUUAUACCACUUUAGUACAUGCACCCGGACCGACGGAUGUUCUCUCCUAUUUGCGAGCACGACACAAUGCCCACCAAGAGGACUACGGCCACUUGCUCGCUCCGCGUCCAUUGUUUGGAGAAUCAGACAAACCGGUGCAAGCUCCGUCAAGGAACAUGACUGUUGGCUUUCUGAUGCCCUGUCAUAGUACACCUUGGAGGUCACACUUGGUCUUUCCCUCUAUAGAGGCAUGGGCACUGUCCUGCGAACCUCCUGUGGGGCUGAAUGAAGCACAAAAGAAAGCAUACUUGGAUGAAGCAGACCAAUUCUACGCGAAUCCGACCGGAUUCCUGCAGAAUCACAUGAUUGGCGGUCUUUGGCACAUCCCUCGUCGACCCUCAUACAUGUCAACGUUGCCAUCUCGAUCACCACCUACGGCUUACUACUCUCAUCAACAAGCGCAGUCGCCGAAGGAGGCUACCUUUCAUGAAUGGCCGGACUAUCUAGUCUUCUUUGCGCAACUUGAACCAACAAUUCGUACUUCACUGCGUAGCAGCUCCUAUGGCGAAUGCUGGCGAACAUGGAAUACAGCGUGGCAUGACGACUCGCGGCGAAAAGGCGAUAUAGUGGUCUGGUGCCUAGAUCCUAAUGAACAACAGGAAUGGCGCAAAGUCCAGCACAAGCAGCAGUCUGAUCAUCGUGAAAAACAACUCGACCGUGUCAUUUCGCAAUUCGAGAAGCAGAAGCAGUCAAAGAUGACCAAAUAUAAUCCUUUGAACUUCUUCCGGCGACAAACAACUACGGCCACAACGACUACUAAUACUCCUGGMUCAUGGUUCUCUUCUCUACCAUGGCCAUUCACAUCUACAACACCAUCCCGAUUUCCAUUCUCAACCCAGAGAUCGUCACUCCUUCCACCAUGGUUCAAGAACCCACUCACGAAUCAACGUCGAUCUCAGUGGAAUCACCGCGGGUCAAACCAGUUCACCGUGUUGCAAACUGAUCCUCAAGGAGAUGAUAUUGGCUCAGAGGUUGCAGCCACUUCGACGGACCUUCGAGCUCAUGAUGCGCUCUCCAGUGUCGAUGGGUUCUCGUUUAAAUUACAGUCSGAGCCACUUUCGAUAUCCGACCGUGUGAAAAAUUAUAUCCAAGCCUUUACUUCAUUACCCAUUAUUUGGUGGCCAUUCUCGAAUCCACGGAGACCUCUCAAGCAAGGCAAGACGCGAAUGACUUGGCAAUGUGCUUCAUGUCCUAUGCAUCUCUCAGUUGAUCUGGCAGCAAACAUCACCGAGGCUUUGGGUGAGCAAUCGCAUCAUAAACGGAUGACAGAGGGAGCUUUCUUACUUGAAGAUCUACAUUUUGAUGAUGAUUUGCUACUUCCCGGAAGAGAUGAGACAUUUGAUGAUGAAGAGAGAGACGAGAGCAUGUCCCAGUGCAGUACGCUUGUUGGUUCUGAUGCAGUUGAUUUUGACGCACUCAAUGAACCUCCCGGUACCUGGCAGCAGAUGCUGGACAAGUAUUGCAUGGCUCAAUAUUCCGCAUCCCCGGUCUACAAAAUUGUCAGCGAUAGAAGAGGUGGCCGUACAGCAUGGAGCUGCACUAUGAGUGUAGCUGGGCACUCAUUCGCUGCUCGGUAUUGGUAUGACGGUCACUAUAUGCACAAUGCUAAAGAAGAUGCUGCUGAAGUGGCGCUUAAGUGGCUCAAUCCGACGCCAUUCAUUCCAAAAUCUAAUCAAAGCGCAUUUGUGACUACACCGGCAAGGGAUGAAAGAGACAGUGAAAGUUCUACUCGCAAUCCACCCAGCAGCUCUUUGAAAAACUCAACAUCUAGUCCCGCGAUUGAUUCGCCUUCUCAAUCGCGAAGACCUCAGCGUACCCAGAGGACAUAUCCUUCCAGCUCUAUCGAUGUCUUAUCAAAACCUGAGAUAGAAGUUGUUGACUCUCCUGGGAAGUGGGUACACUGGUGCGUAGAUGCAAAUAAGACCCGGUUACACGAGAUAUGUGUAGAGGCACAAACCGGAGCGAAGCGCGGCCGUGAGUUCAUAAACGAGUUGAUAAAUAGCUAUCGCAGACUUCGGGGCAUUCGUUGGUGGUUCUCUCUCACGGACUGUGCUGCAGUGAAAGUUGUCAAGUUCAUUCGCCUUCUGGACGAAGAGGAUCUCGUGAAGUGUGGUCUUGAGAAAGUUAGCCUUGACGAAAUUCGUCGAACGCUAGAGUAUGAUAUCAGCACAGGCAGUAUCCCAGACGAAGACCUUCAUCUAGCGUGGGUUGAGACUACACUUGCACACUACAUCUUACACCACCACAAAUACAUUACAGACAACAAUAUCGACGAUAUAAUCUCUGGUCUACCCAAGAAAACCAAUUGUUGUAUGGACAAGAAAGCGAGAUAUUCUCGAUACGCGCAUUUGCUUCUUGAUAUCAUUCAAUACAUUGGUUAUUUCAGUCUGAAGCCUUCCGUCUUCCAGAAACAAGAACAGCAAGAGUACAUCCCGCAAAAAGACAUCACAGUCAUAUCAGCAACCCUAGGCGACGAAGAAGGCUACGCAACAACCCUAAGGUCAUGGCUGAGAUGCGAUCCAAAGGCAAUCAAUAUAGUCACGCUAAAGAAAGCAGAACCCCGGAUUGGGGCGCUUCUAGAGACGACAAUCAGAGAUGAUCGUGUCAAACUAUACACAGUUGAUCAUGCUGAUAUCCGCCAUCAAUUACUUAAAGGAAUUUCAGAGGCAUCUACCAAACUUGUCAUUCUAGCUGAUGAUGAUUCCCGAUGGUCUGCACAGACACUGAAAAGUGUCGCUUCGGCUUUCAACGAUCCUUCUGUCGGUGGGGUGAAUACUAUGCAAUACGUCCGGCCGAGGCUAAACCAAAAGCUUAACGUCUGGGAGAGUUGUGGCGCGUUGAAUCUUAUCAGAAGAAACAUCUUGCACUCAGCGGUAGCCUUUAUUCAUAACGGCCAAGUCCUGAACUUAUCCGGAAGGACUGUUGCCUACAGAACUCAUAUUCUGCAAGAUGAUGCAUUUAAGAACGCAUUUGUAAAUGAUUACUGGAAGGGCAAAUUUCUACUGCGAACAGGAGACGACAGCUUCAUCACCUCUUGGAUCGUCAAUCGAGGGUGGAAUACUGCUUUUAUGAAUCAAGGAGAUGCAGUUAUUGUGACUACUGUCAAUGAUGAUAUAACGUACUUGAACCAGAAACCAUCCGACUAUAGAAUGCCUGCCCAAGAAGUCCUCAAAACCCCUGCGGUUAUUGCAACUGCUCCGGCAAGGGAGGAAAAGCGGUCUCAGCCAUGGAAAGCCCACUGGCCGCCUCAAAAGAAUGUCGCAAAUGAGAAGUCAUAUGGAUUCGCCGAGGGUGAAACCGUGGCCAUCUACGGAAAUUGA